AUGGACGAGUAUGAAAAAACAGGACAUAAAGAAGAGAUAUUUGUGGGGAACAGCCUUGGAUGGUGCGAAUGUUUACAUGAAGCAGCUGAACCUGGACCCUCAAGAACGGCUAAUAUUAUCAUGAUUAUUGGCGUUCUUCCAGUGAUGUCAAUAGUCGGCGUUUUCUUUAAUGUGAUCAACGUGAUUGUCUUUCGAACACAACGAAAUGUAGCUGCGAGAUAUCUUGCAGCGCUCAGUUGUAGUGAUAUUGGUGUUUGCGUGGCAGGCGUUCUUGUGAUCUGUGCUGAUUCCCUGCGUGCCUACAAUUUCUUUAUCGAUCAACUUUUCGUUUUCCUUUUGCCAAAAUUGAUUCCAAUAGGCUUAUUCUUUCAAAUGCUUUCCGUUUACAUCACAGUCCUUGCCGCGAUGGAUUGUUUCUAUUCAGUGUAUAGAGGCACUUACGCUGAUCGAAAACGUGAGAGAUUAGCGCCAAGAGUUUUGAUGAUGUGUGUCUUCUUUGUAGCAAUGUAUAACGCGAUUCAAUUUCUUGAUCUUGAAGCUCGAGAAUGUGUCCAUCCAACUCUCAACUUUUCCCUUUAUGAACUCUGCCCAACCGAGCUCCGAAUCUCUGAUGCUUAUGUGGAAAUUUACAAGGGCUAUAUGUAUGCGGCUUCGAUGGCUUUUAUCCCUUUCAUUUUAUUGAGUUUUCUCACAAUUGGCAUUAUCUCGAUGUUAAAGCGAAAAGAAUCGACUAAUGCGAUUAUUGCACCUGGUUACGUUAAAGAGGAAGGAUCACCAACCGUCCUCCUUCUCGUCAUUCUCCUUUUUCUUCUUUGCAAUGUUACUUCACUACUCGUCAAUAUUUUUGAUAUGUUUAAAAUCGAUUUGGGCAAUUUCUUCCAAAACGUGAUGAUCGAUAUUGGCAAUUUGUUGGUGGUUUUCAAUGCGACUGCGAAUUUCGUUGUCUAUUAUUUCUCUUCUAGAGAAUAUCAGGAAAUGGCUGACGGUUUGCUUGGUUCAUUCGUGAAAAAUUCGACUCCACAUCGAAAGAAAUGUCCACUCGAUUAUGGAACAACCGGGCCAUCAAAAGAGAAUGAAUUUCUU